AUGACAACUUUAAAAAAAGAUCUUAGAGACUUAACAAGUUUUCAGUUUUCCAAAAGGAUUGUUCCUUCAUAUCUAAACAAAAAUAAACCAAGCUUAAUAGUAUUGUCUCAUGAUGACAUCAUGUAUGCAGUUCUUGAUAUUUAUCUUAAUCAAAACGGAAUUCUACCUACCUCAGAAGAAGUUCUACUUUGUGAUGAAUCUGUUCCAAUAGAAGAGAUAGAAUUAUUAAUAAUGCGAGCUGUAGAUAACAAAAAUGGCUUGUAUUGUUUGGUCAUAAACGAAAACCUAAAAUAUGAAACAAGUGAAAAAGUUUAUUUGUUCUUGCAAAAGACGAUUCAAAUAGGUAACAUGAGUCCACUUGCAAUACUUUGUAGCAGUGAAAAUCACCACAAUUCGUAUCUUAUGACAGCUCUAGACAAUUUUAAAGUAAAAAUGUCAAGUUAUUCUAGUAGAGAUCAAAUUUGUGAGAAACUUACACAAUGCCUUCAAUCAAAACUUUCAGAUCAAAAGGCUGGAAUUAUUUUCAAUGAAAUGAUAUACAAAUCAAUAGUGGUAAAGUCAAGGAAAGGUGGAAUGGGGAAAUCAUUAUUUGUAGAAAAAUGUGGCUCGCGACUUUCUUCUCAUUUGGAUUCUAAUUACCAAACAAAUAUGAGUAAUAGUCAAAACAAGAACAGUGUUGUUAUUGUACCUGUGCAUGGGGCAGUGGUUAACACUGAUGCAAUAGUUGAAAGAUUACUUCAAUUUGAAGAAAAGCCUAACGCUUUUUUCCCUAGAAUAUAUCAUUUUGAUAUCACAACAAUGGUUAGAGAAGGACUGGAUUCAUUUCUAUUUAACUUAGUUGUUCUCGGAACAUUGAAAAUGAGUACAGGAAAAGUGUGGAAGAUGAAUAACAAUGAUACAUGUAUCAUUGAAAUAACCAAUAAUGAUUCUGAUAAACAAAUUAAUAAUGGUUUCAGUGAAAAUCAAUGUCUUAGUGUAGUUGCUAACAUGCUACCAUGUAUUACAUGCAUUUCUCCCAAUGAAGUAUUGAGUGCGCUCCAAAGUGAAAAGGUGAAAUCAUCAUCAUCUAAAAUGGUUUGGUAUGACAAGGAAGAACAUAAAAAGCCUACAAUGCAACGUGUUUGUCAGUAUUUAAUAUUGUAUGACACAAAUAAAUCUUUAUUAAAUACAUUUACUUACAAUCCAACUCAUCCUGCUGUAAAUCUAAUCAACAGUUUAAAGAUAUUAUUCAAAUAUUGUGGUAUUCAAGAUCCAUGUUGGAGUGAAGUACGAAAUUUUAUCCACUUUUUUAAUACUCAACUUAUUGACUGCGAGCAAAGUAUUUUUACAAGCAUUCAUGUUGUUCAAGAUUUAAAUGGAUUCAAAAUUUUUGUUAUUGAUUUCCUAUUAGAAAUGGCACAAGACUUUUCAACUCGCUCGAUAUCAUUGGAUAAUGAUUAUAGUUCUAGUGAGCUAAUGAUUUAUCUUAAAAGAAAAUGGGAACACAGUUAUCAUCCAUACAUAUUUUUUAACCAAGACCAUGAAACAAUGACAUUCUUUGGAUUUAACAUUGAUUUAAAUGGUAAUUUACUUGAUCCUGAUUGCAUAACCAUCAAAAAACAGGGUAUAAUGACAAAAAAUCUUUAUGCGGUUUUAAAGCAUCAGUGUGGUACUGAAUGGGAAUGUUUGAACACGAAUUACAAAAAUUUAUCACGCAAAUCAAAGUUAGAUAUACUUUGUCGAGUAAUUGGUGUAGACAGUUUUGAUCCAGACCCUUCAUAUGAGUUGACUGUUGACAAUAUGAAGAAAAUUCUUGCCAUUCAUAUGAGAUUAAGAUGUUAUAUUCCAGUGAUAAUGAUGGGAGAAACAGGUUGCGGCAAAACAACAUUAAUUAAGUUUAUGUGUGCUCUGCAAGCUAGAAAAAAAGGAGUUCAAAAUAUGUAUCUCGUUAAGGUUCAUGGAGGUGUAACUCAUCAAUACAUACUUACAAAAAUUGAUCAAGCCAAAAAAUUAGCAAAAGAAAACUAUAUCAAUCACAAGUUAAAUACAAUUUUGUUUUUUGAUGAAGCUAAUACAUCUGAUGCAAUUGGACUAAUAAAAGAAGUUAUGGUAGAUAAAAGAGCAGAUGGUGACCCAUUAAGGCUAGGUGAAUGUGGACUGGAAAUAGUUGCUGCAAUCAAUCCAUACAAGAAACAUUCAACAAAUAUGAUAAAAAAGUUAGAAUCUGCUGGAUUGGGGUAUCAUGUAAAUUCCAAGUCUACUUAUGAAAGAAUAGGCGAUAUUCCAUUGAGGCAAUUGGUUUACCGUGUGCAUCCUUUACCAAAUAGCAUGGUUCCAUUUGUUUGGGACUUUGGUCAAUUAGAUUCUGAGACUGAAGAAGUCUACACAAGGCAAAUAAUUUCAAGAUAUGUAAAUGAAGGCAAGUUACCUGAUGAUGUUCUGUUUUUUGAGUUAAUUGCUUGUGUGCUUAAAGAAUCCCAAGCUUAUAUGAGAAGGCAAAAGGAUGAGUGCAGUUUUGUCAGUUUAAGAGAUGUGGAAAGGACUUUAUUAGUCACAAGUUGGUUUUACAAGAAAAUUGAUUUAUUUACAAACAUUACUGAUGAUGAGUUUGCUAUUUAUAAGAAAAUGCAAUUGGCAUUAAUUUACUCACUAAGUGUAUGUUAUAUUGCAAAAUUAGAAGAUCGAGAUUCUUAUCGGGAAUAUAUUUCUAAGUUUUUUACUGGUCAUUUUAAACUGAAAAAUGGUGCCCAAGAAAUUAAAGACAAAGUUGUUAGUCUUCAAAGAAAAUUUUUGAGUGAAAUUAAGCUUGAAGAUAAUAUUGCACAAAAUGAGGCCUUAUGUGAGAAUGUGUUUAUGAUGGUUAUAUGCAUUGAAUUACGUAUUCCUUUAUUUGUUGUUGGAAAACCUGGUAGUUCAAAGUCUUUAGCAAAAUCUAUCAUUCAAGAUUGUAUGCAAGGAACCAUGUCAAAAUCUUGUCUGUUUAAAAACUUUAAGCAGAUUUUUAUGUCUUCAUACCAAUGCAGUCCUCUGUCAACAGCAGAUGGAAUAAUAAAUACAUUCAAACAGUGCAGUCGAUUUCAGGAAGGAAAAGAUCUUGAAACUUUUACUUCUGUUGUUGUACUAGAUGAAGUUGGUCUCGCAGAAGAUUCUCCACGUAUGCCUCUUAAAGCAUUGCACCCAUUAUUAGAAGAUGGCACUGAUGGUUCUGAAGAACUUACACUUGACGGUUCGUCUCUUAAAAACAAAAGGGUGGCAUUUAUUGGUAUCUCAAACUGGUCACUUGAUCCUGCAAAAAUGAAUAGAGGAAUUAUGUUAUAUAGAGGACAGCCUGAUUUUGAUGAACUAGUUGAAACUGCAAGAAAUAUCUGUUUAAAUGAUAAAUAUGUUUAUGGAAUGAUUGCAUCUUUAUUUGAACCUCUAACAAAGGGCUACUUAGAAGUUUAUGAAAAGCAAAAUUAUUGCGAUAUUAUAAAAAAGUACAGAAAAGAAGAAUUUUUUGGGUUAAGAGAUUUUUACAGUUUGUUAAAGUUAAUAUUCUGCUUUGCUCGAAAACGCCAAAACAUUCCUACAUUUUCAGAUAUUGAGUAUGCAGUUAAAAGAAAUUUUAGUGGACUUCAGGAAUUGGACACAUGGAGUAUUUUCAAAUCAUACCUUCCAUAUGAUUUUUCUAAGUCAAAAGAUGUAGAUGCAGAUAUAUCUGUGUUGCAUUUAAUUGGUGAUAGUUUUGCUGAUAAUUGUCCAUGUUAUGAAUAUCGUUUGAAUUUAAAAAAAUCAGAAAAAGCUCAUUGUUUAAGUUCUCGUUACCUUCUAAUAAUGACAGAGAAUUUUUCUGCUUUACCAAUUAUUGAACAGCAUUACUUAAAUCCAAGUUCAAAAACUUCUCAAAAUUAUGUCAUUUUUGGAAGUAGUUUUCCUAAGGACCAGUAUUUUACUCAGAUUUGUCGUGAUAUAAACAGAAUUAAGAUAUAUAUGGAGACUGGCGCUCGAGUUGUAUUGUUAAACAUGGAAAAUUUAUAUGAAAGUCUUUAUGAUACAUUAAACCAGUACUAUGUAUCACUUGGAGGUAAAAACUAUGUAGAUUUAGGCAUUGGAACUCACAGAGUUAAAUGCAGAGUGCAUGAAGAUUUUAGACUCAUAGUGAUUGCAAAUAAAGAAAAUGUGUAUAAAAAAUUCCCAAUACCAUUAAUAAAUAGAUUAGAAAAGCAUUUUUUAAAUGUAUGGAAUGGAAUGGAACAUUCUCAAAUAGAAAUUGUGGAAAAGCUAAAGAAAUGGGCAUUAAAUUUUUCCAGCAUAAACUCGUCAAGACAUGACUUUAAACCAUCAGAUUCAUUUAUUGGAUACAGUGAAGAUAGUUGCGCUUCUAUUGUAGUGAAACUUUAUCAAAAGCAUGUUGGUUACAGUGAAGUUAGUGAAGCCAACCAUGUUAAGAUUUUUGAAGAAAGUUGUCAGUUUUUACUAAAACUAGCUACUCCUGAUUCUUUAUUGCGUGUUAUGAAAACAUGUUUGAAGGAUCAUUUUGAAGACUAUUGGAAUAUUUAUUUUGUUAAGCAGUUUCAUCAUUCUUUGGCCGCUUAUCUUAUCAAUGAACUUGAUAAUACAGAUAGUAAAUUUAUACAGGUUACAACGUUUUCACAUCUUUUAUCUCCAACCGACAAAGAAAGUUUAAAUAUUGAGUUGACUGAUUUUAAAAUUGAGAUGAUAUCUCUUAUGCAGUUUCAAACAGAAAAAUCAUUCAGGGAUAGUCUAGAAGGUGUGUACAGUUCUAAAAGUAAUGAGAAACAGCUUCUAAUUAUUCAAGCAAAUAAUGCGCUAGAAACGAACAAUUUAAUAGCAUGUGCACAAUACAUUUGUAAAGAAUUACAAGAACAAUUUAAAUUAAAGAACAUAUCUAUUUUGUUUAUCUUGCAGUUAACCUGUAAAUCUAAACAUCUAGACCUAUUAAGCUCAUUGUCAUUCUGGGAAUGUUGCCACAUUGAUGAGUUACGUAGCUCAAACUUGUCUUAUCUUAUAAAAUAUUAUAAAAAAUCUUUGAAAGAAAUAAUUAGCCUUGAUGAUGUUAAACCAAGUAUGAUUCAACUAAUAAUAGGAUGUGUGCAAAUGACUAUUCGGCGUCUAAGUGAAAUGAAGCAAAUGACUGUUGAAGAAAUAUCACAAAGAAUUGAUAUUUUAAAAAAUCUUUUAACAACUAAAGAAGAUGAUAUUCGAACCAUGUUUAUCACAACUGUUUUAAAGCUGAUAGAAACUGGCUUAGCUGCAGAAGAAAGUAAAUGGCAUCCUGAUUAUGUUACAAACUGGAUUCAAAAUGAAGCAAUAGAACAAAAGUAUCAACCAUCAUAUGGAACAUUUAGACAUGCAUUAUUCUGUUAUGCGGAAGACCGCAUUGUGCCUGUUUUCGCAUCUAUUGUUUCUAGUAUAGAUAGAUUUCAUAACCUUGAAAUUCUUUACAAUGAACCAAAGUAUACAAAGCUCUGGCUAGAAUUGUUUUCUAAAUUAAGGGAUAUCUCUUACAAUGCAUCCUACAAGUUAUUGGAUCCAAAUUUCCAUUGCAAAUUUCCAUUUUCAGAUAGAAUUUUCAAAGAAAUUGAUGAUGCAUUACAAAAUUGUAUAAAACCAGAUGCAACGCAUGAAACACAUAACUACAAGCAUAUUUAUGACACAGUAGCAUCAUUACCAAUGGCAAGUGUGAUAAUGAGUUUAACAACUAUAGAAGUUGAUAGUUAUUUAUUUGACUUACUGCGUUUAAAGUAUCCUGAUCAUUUGCAAAGCUCUGAGCAAGGCUUCCACUCUUACCAAAUUUUGGCAUUGGGUUUGAUUUCCUUUAUGAAACUGCUUAUUGUUUCAAGAAAUAAAUACUUGCAGAGUGUUUGUGGUAUAAAACCAACUAACAACACCAACUAUGAUAUAGUGUCUAUACACAUUCUUUUGAGCACUAAAAUAUUUGAAGAAAGGCUUAAAAGUAUUUCUUUAAUGCUUAUCCUUCAACCAAAAUUGAAAGAAGUUACAUUAGGUCAAGAAUCAGAAAUUGACAUGGAUGUUUAUUUAAUGAAUCUUUUUCUAUCUCAUCUUGCUUCUAAACACUUCUGUCCUGGUGUCAUUGAGGAAAUUAAAAAAGCAAAAGUGUUGAUCAAUUGUGUUCUUGAGUCUGCAAUUAAAUGUAAAUGCAAUGAUUUAACAAAAAAAAUGAUGAAACAAUUAAAAAUUCGUUGGUGCAAUUUUAGAAUCUGUCAAAAGUUUUCAGAUCUUGUGUUUCAAACCUCUACAUGUUUUUGCAACCAUCAAAUUGAUUUGUUGAACUCGCUAUGGAAGAAAUUGGAAACUCUUUCAAAUGAUAUGCUGACCCAUGAUUCAUGGAUUAUGAUUGAAGAAUUUUUAAAAGAGUCUCUUGCAACAGAUUAUUCUAACAUGUAUAGCAAAGAUUGUCUAGUUAAUAAUUGCAAUGAAGCUUCAUAUACUCUUCCAUGCUGUGGAACUGUUCAUGAUGAAUGUAUGCAUACAAUUGUUUGUAAAACAAUGAGGUGCCCAAAAUGUUUUUCUGAAUUUAGUGAUAGAGAUUUAUUUCAAGAAAGUUUAGAAAGAAGGCAUAUGGUUUUUGAAAAAGAAGAGUUUAAGAAGCGGUGUGUUUCAUUUUAUGCUGAAGUUGUUACUGAGUUUUGUUUUUCAAGAAAAGAUUUUGAUAGAGUGGAUAAAAAUGUCAUUAAGUAUAUACUGGAUUAUGUUUUUUCUUCCACAACCACACAAGUAUUUUCACCAACACCAGAUUAUGCGCUUGAUCCAAUUCCUGUCAUUCGCUCAUUUUUACUCCAACAAAUUCUUCAAAGGAAUGACAAAGAGGUUCAAAAAUGUAUCACUCACCAUUUAGCUAUGCUAUUUUCACAUACAGACCAAAGUCAGUUUAUUGAAGUUGCAAAACUUUAUAUAUAUUGCAUGGAGGACAUAAAGAAAUUGGAUAUUUCUGCACUAAUCAAAGAGACUGUUAUCAACUCGACUCUACUCCAGCAUGUAUCAGAUAAUUUGAAUACGGGACGCAGUUUUGUUCAAUCAGUUAAGUCUGGAAAGUCUUUAACAGAAGCCUCAUUACUAGAAUUAUUAGAAAAUGUUGCUGAAUUGCGAACAACUUUGACAAUAUCAGCUCAAAUAUUGUGUACCUGGUUUCUUGGAGAAACUUUUAAUGAAAUAAAAAUUAAAGGAAAUUUUGAAAACUUUUUAGCUACACUAACAAAAUUUAUUAUUAUGUGUAAAGACAGUCAACCAUACUUUUAUUUCUUUAAACAAAUUGUUCAAAACUAUGGGAUUCAAAGUUUGAAAGAGAUUGUGAUGAAGUUAGAAGUUAACUGGUUUCAUAAUCAAAAUGAAAGCUUUAACAAUGUGACAAGUUAUGACAAGUUUUUGGUGUAUGGUGAAUAUUAUAAGAAAAUUCGUGAUCGUUUGAUUUCCUGUCUUUUAGAAGAUAACCUGCAAGGUAUAACUCAAUUAGAAGAGGAUGAUAAAGACAAAACAAAUCUGUUUCUCCAAUUAUCAUUAUUCAAAGAUUUAUUCAAUCUUCGUAAUCUUAAAAUACUUGAAGAUAAAAUAAAAGUACAGACAUGUUUAUCUGCCAUAAGAAGCUUUUCAACUUUAGAAUCAUAUUCUUCAAUUUUAUAUCAUUUUUGGGUCGUAAUAAAUUCUGGAAAUCCAUCUACACGUCUUUUUUCGCUGCUGGCUACGUGCCCACAACAAGUUAAUGGAUGGUUUCUUCCUGCAAUGCCACAUGAUAACUUAUCAGAUGUUUUUGGCUUAAAUCAUAGUGAUAACAGAAAUUCUUUUUUAUUUUAUGCAUGUCCUCGUGGUCAUCCAUAUGUUAUAACAAAUUGUGGUAAAGCUUAUCAAACAUACUUGUGUCCUGUUUCAAAUUGUCAAUUAGCAAUUGGAGGAGAAAAUCAUUUACUGCUUUCCACAAACAGAAUUGUUUCUGCUAGAGAUGAUGCAACAAAACCUGGUCAUUGUUUGGGUCCAGCUUCAGAACGCUCAAAUUUUUCUAUUCCACAGCGUGAAUUGACACCUUUUUCUGUUACUCUUCAAAAUUUGUUAGUGCAUCUUUCAUUACUUGUUGCUACAUUGACAGGUCAUGUAGAGGAAGUUGUUAAAUUGGUGCAUCCAGAAGUCAAUUCCAAUGCAAUGCAAAUGUUUCUAGUACAGCACAUUGAAAAAGAUCUUGCUUUAUUGUCUAAUAGAAUAGCAAAGAAUAAUGAUGAUACAAACUCUGCAGUUCACGCAUUUUUAAAACACCUGCUAUUAAAUGAUGAACCAGAUAGCACAAUGAUGGCUGAUUUAACAAGUGUGCAAAUCAGAAAUCAAUAUGAAAAUGCUUUUGAUCGAAAAUUUAUUCAACCUUUUUUCAAUUCAUUGGAUGAAGAGCUUUUACAAUUUAAUAAAUUUUUGAUCGCUGAACGUUGUAUAAAUGACUCACCAUUGAUGAGGAAAAUUUUUGAACUAGAUGAAGAACUAGAUUUGUCAAAUAUUACAGUUAUGAAUCCGCAACUUUGGCUUUACAAACAAUCGGUAUCAAUUGAAAGUCUUAAAGUUGCAGUUCAACUAAGAGCAGGCGGUGGUGCUAAAGACAUAUCGAUUCUUGUGAAGUUUUUAGAAAAGGAAUCAGUACUUAGCUUAAUAAAAGAAUUACCACUUAUAUUAGAACUCCAAAAAAUUUUGCAACAAGAGUUUAACUACAAACUUGACAAGCAAACUGCUGUCGAUAAAACUGUUAAUGAGUUUUUAGCAGAUAUUAAUCCAGAAUUGAAAAAAAAAAUUGAUAAACUUACUAAAUGCUUCAUUAAAACAUGGAAUCAGGCUCAUGGUCUUUUUACAGAGAGAGAAAAAAGAUUGGAACCAAAUUUGUCUUCAAUUAAACUUGACAACAAGUGUAGUUUGGCAUACUUUAUUGCUGCACGUUCUGAUCAUGGGUUGUGUGCUUUGAUGCUGAUUGAUUUUCUUGCUUUCCAGCAAAAUGAAUUUUUAGAAGAAUGUCAUUUGUUGAACCGUGCAUAUGUUUUUCAACAUGUGCCUAUAUUACAGUUAAAAGAAACAGAUAUAAUAAAUUAUGAACAGAAACGUGACCUUCUUCCAUUAGUGCUUUUAAACUGUGAUUAUUCUCUUGGUGUUGAAAAACCUCCAAAAAUUGAGCAUAACUUAGAAACAAUUCAAAGACGUCUUUUUGAAAAUGUUAUUUUUGGUAAAGCAUUGAUUGACAGGGAUUUAGUACCAUUCUUUUACAGAGGAGAUAUCAAAAGUUUAAACUUUCCUUUAUUGAGGAGUUCUAUUCAACAGAUUGCCAUUCCUUAUUCGGAACAAAAAAGAAUGUUAGAUGAAAUGAUUAAUAUAGCAGAUGUAUCUAUUGCUUUGCGAGCUGUGGAAACAGUUAUUGGUAUAAUAACAUCUACAGGUGGUGAUUCUAACAUGUAUUUAAGAGAUUAUCUAACCAAUAUUCUUCGCAUGAAUGAACAGGAUUACAUAGUUAGCGGGAAAAUGCAUGACUAUAUACGGUUGUCUCACUUGUACUCUGUAUGGCUCAUGUUAACUGUUGAACAAGCAUGUAGAAUAUAUGCAAGUAAACAGGUUCCAUUUCAUGUAAAAGUAUAUUUUAUGACUGAGGACCUUGAAAAGGAAGUGGUUGAAAAAAUGGAAAAAACGCUGUAUCAUGUUGACAGAAAGGAACUGUUAAAUCUAAUUACGGAGUACAUUGUUUUGGAGCUGCCAUUAAGAAAUGAAGCUGAUAUUUCUUUAACUUUAAGUGAAGCGUUGCAAUUGUAUAAAGAUAAACAAGGAACAAUAAUAACAACUUCUUUAGAAUCUAUUAGUGAUGACUUUUUAUUAAAACAUAUUUAUCUAUUUUGGAAGAUAGUUGCUUCUCACGCAUAGCAUUUUAAUGAUUAGAACAUUUUUGAUAGAAUUUUCUAAAUUUUUUUAACUUUAAGUUUUUGCAUAUUUUAUAGUUAUUUUAUGUGUGUGUUUGUGUUUCUGUUAAUUAAUUAA